AGUUCACGUAUCCACAGCGUACUCUCACGCCACCAAGAGUAGAGUGGGUCAAGCAGUGAAGGAACAGUUCUACGAUAGUCCUGUGCCACCAAAUGCUAUAAUAGACAUGGCAGAAAGCAUUGAACAAAACAAAUUGGAAAAUAUGAUGCAACUAGUAAAAAAAGAUUAUGCGAAUACGUAUACAUUUAGUAAAGCAUUAGCAGAAGAAGUUGUAAGAACUGAAGGACGUGGCUUACCUAUUUGUGUUGUUCGACCAUCUAUUGUCAUAAGUUCAUAUCGUGAACCAAUGCCAGGGUUGGUUGAUCCAUGGAAUAUAAACAGCCCCAGUGGCGUUUUGUUGGGAAUUUAUACCGGAGUAAUUCAUGUUCUAAAAUCCACAAGUGACAUAGUCGUGAGUUAUGUUCCAAUUGACAUAGUCACAAAUACAAUAUUGGUGGCUGCACGGGAGAAUACACUACAACAGUCAAAUGUAGAGAAUAUUAAAAUUUAUAAUGUAACGAACAAUAGAAAUCCGCUUUUGUGGAGAGAUUAUUCUAAAGUUCUUAAUACAUUUGGAAGAAAUCUGAUAUCUACAAAGGCAAUAUGGUAUUGUUUUGCUUUUGAAACACCUUCUAAAUUUCUUAGUAUACUGCUUUUUUGGCUUCUACAUUUCAUUCCUGCAUUUUUUGUGGACAUUGCGUGCAAGAUAACAGGAAAACCAUCAAUAAUGAUACAAACUUACAAAAAGAUAUACAACUUGAUAUCUGCGUUGGAAUUUUUCAUAAACAAUGAUUGGAAAUUUCAAGACGAUAACACUGUCAAUCUUUAUUUGAACCUGUCGAAUAAUGAUCGAGACAUUUUCAACUGCGAUAUGGCUACAGUUGACAACAAAGAAAUGACUGAACUUUGGGUGUAUGGAGUUCGGAAGUAUUUGAUAAAGGAUGUCAGCCUUAAAACAGCUACAAGAAAGCAAUUUUGGUUAAAAAUAAUAACAUGUCUGAUAUUUAUUUUAUAUGCUUAUGUGUUCUAUAAUAUUAUAAUGUCUAGCUACUGGAUAGUAACUAAAUUUAUGUAAACUUCUCUUUUUGAA